UUUCUGGCGACGAAAUUGCUGGCCUCGGGAAGAUGGUAGCCAUUGCCAUUGCUUCUCCUAAAUCUUCAGUUUUGCAGAAUCCCAUUUAUUUCAAUGAAUCAAGUUCGAAUUUCCUUGGUGGUUCUUCGAAGGGUCUUUGUUUACAUCUAAAACCAACACAACACCGAAGGAAUUUCACAAAUUUGAUUGUGGCUUCAGCUGGCACCAGCACCGCCGUCACAACACAAAAUAGCGGAAACCCAAGUGGCAGAUUUUACUUCAAUUUCACUGGGUUUCCUUUCCCUUUGGGUCCUUUCCUCAAUAGGCGCACUAUAAGGACGGAGGCCGUGAAGGGAUGCAUAUGGCUGUUUGAACAAGAGCAAGCCUUGGGCUUCAGCAGUGUUUCAACAAACAUUAGGAUGACUGUUAUCAAACUCAAAUCUGGAGGCUUAUGGGUGCAUGCACCGAUUGCUCCAACUGAUGAAUGUAUUAAGCUUCUAAAAGAGUUGGGGGCUCCCGUGGAAUAUAUUGUUCUCCCUACUUUUGCUUAUGAGCAUAAAAUAUUUGUUGGUCCAUUUUCUAGAAAGUUUCCACGUGCUCAAGUGUGGGUGGCACCAAGGCAAUGGAGUUGGCCAUUGAACUUGCCACUUGAAUUUUUUGGGAUUUUUCGUUCUAAGACAUUGAAAGAUGACGAUUCAUCUACCCCCUGGGCUGAUGAAAUAGAGCACAAAAUUCUAAGCUCCCCAGAAGUUGGAAUUGGUCCGUAUGUGGAGGUAGCUUUCUACCAUAAGCGUUCAAGAACGCUAUUGGUGACGGAUGCUGUUAUUUUUGUCCCCAGACAGCCACCAGAGUGUAUAAGCAAAGAAUCGCUGUUGGCAUCCGCAAAAAAUGGUUUGGCAGUAAAAAUUCUUAGUAAAGGAAAGGAAGUUCCUGACGAACCAGUUAUUGACAACAAAAGGAACCGUCAAAAAGGAUGGGAAAGAAUGGUUCUACAAAUCUUGUUUCUUGGUCCAUCGAAUCUCUUAGAGCCAAAUGCUAGCUUUGAACAGAUGUCACAGAAGUUGAUUGUUUCGCCUAUUGUGAAGACACUGGUAUUCAGCAAAGUUCCGGAAAAGGUAAGUGACUGGGUUUAUAGCAUUUCUCGGGAUUGGAGGUUCAAGAGAAUAAUCCCUGCCCAUUUUGCUGCUCCAAUAAAUGCGAGUAGCUCUGAUUUCCGGGCAGCAUUCGCAUUUCUGGAUGAGCUUCUGGGCGAGCGAUUUGUUAGUGAGCUUUCGCUCUCUUUCAUAUUCUCAUCGAUCAUGGGAAAAGCUGCUAGCUAUUUUCCUCCAGAUGACAUGAGGACCUUAUCAUCUUUAGACCAGUUCUUAGUUUCAGUCGGAGCUGUAAAGAAAACUGUCUCGGGCAGGAAGCAGUGAGACAGAAUAGAACAACUUGUCCUGGUCACACUUUAAAAUAUGUACAUAUUUGUUAAAGUAGGAACCUUCUCAGGAAGAUUUUGAUGUCUUACAUUUGAAUAGGAAAAAUGUUGUAAAAUCCAGGAACGAAUGGUUCCAAUAUCUGCAUGAUAUCUGAACUUCAUAUAGGACAAAACUUAAGCUUGAAGUUUCUUCAAUGUUUUUCCAAAGCAAAAAUCGCUAGCAGAAUUAUGUUCAA